AUGGCUAAUAUAGAUACAUUAUGCAUUGAAAAUUUAGAAAUGAAUUCGAAAGAAGUUUAUCUCAAAGCGAGAAUAUUAUUGAAGCUAUUAAAAAACAUAGUAGAUAAUCCAGAUAACCAAACUUAUAAAAGUAUAAGAGUUACAAAUCCAAAUAUAUCUUCAAAUCUACUAAAUGCUCUAGGAGCUGAAGAAUGUCUGCUCAAAAUAGGUUUUGUUAAAAUAAAUGAUCGAUUAACUUUAUCACCAAGUAUUUCUGUAAAUUCGAUAUAUGAAUAUUAUGAAUAUUUAUUAAUACGAAGAACAAUUAUUUUAUCUCAAACUGAUGCAAAUAAUGAAAGCAAAGUUGAUAGUACUUGUGACAAAAAACCCAAAAUACAGACAAAUAUAGAAUCUGAACAGAUUAAGAGUGAAUACGAUCAAAACCAGCCGUCAACUAGUAGAGGCUCCAGGAGUGAAUUGAUGAAAAGUGCCCCAAAAACAAUAUUAAACGCACCAAAUCAAUUUUUGCGAUCCUUAGAGACACAUUCCUUAGCUGUACUUGCUUAUGAAAAUCCUGCAUUAUUAAGGAAGGCAUUAAGCUGUAUUCCAGUAGUACAAUUAGAAAUUAACGCAUUGGAAAGAAUGAGAAGCAUACAGAAGUCUAUAAAGUCUGGAAGUUAUAUAGGCAAUGAACCAUUAAUUGAGGACUUGAUUUUACUGGAGUUACUAGAUUGGUUCAAAAAUCAUUUCUUUACCUGGGUUGAUAAACCAUCUUGUGAAAAUUGUGGAAAUGAAAGUACAACUUUUGCUGGCAACUGUAUUGUUGCUACUGAAAGGGUUGAGGUGUACAGGUGCAAUUCAUGUGCAUAUAAAACAAAUUUUACUCGUCAUUGCGACCCAGAGAUUUUAUUAAGCACUCGAAGGGGAAGAUGUGGGGAAUGGGCUAAUUGUUUUACUCUUUUAUGUAGAGCUAUGGGAUGGCCUGCCAGACAUGUUAUAGAUGAAUCAGAUCAUGUGUGGACGGAGGUAUAUAGUGAAGGUGAAGGUCGAUGGCUUCAUUGUGAUCCCUGUGAAAAUGUAUGUGAUAAUCCCUUAAUAUAUGAGCAAGGUUGGGGAAAGCAACCAAAAUAUAUUAUUGCCUAUGCAUGUGAUGACGUACAAGAUGUUACAUGGAGGUAUACAACAGAUUUUAAAGGAGCUUUAAAAAGAAGAAAUUUAUGUUCUGAGGAAGAACUUUUAAUGACCAUAGAAAAAUUAAGGAAUCAGAGGCAGAAAAAUUUAUCAGUAAAUCGUAAAAAGUAUUUAGCAAAGAGAACUGUUGAAGAAUUAGUAGAAUUUAUGACUCCAAGAAAUCCUAAAGAAUCAGAAAAACAAGGCCGAACCUCUGGAUCUCUAGGUUGGCGUUUAGCUCGUGGUGAAACAAAAGAGGAGUCUAAUCAAUAUGUUUGGUAUAUUGACGAACUAUCAUUUCCUUCACUAGAAAUUGAUAAAAAGUGUUUCAAAAUGCAGUAUUCUAUUUGUCAAGAUUUGUACGAAUGUGUAGAUAAUAAAAAUAAUAUUAUAAAAACCAUAAAAGGCUGGAAUAAGGGGAUAUACUUCACCAAAGAUGUGUUUAGAAAAGAAGAACGAGAUUGGAAAAUGGUUUAUUUAGCAAGAAAGGAAAAUGCAUCUGAAGGCGAGUUAGUAUGGCGUUUCGCUAUAAAAGAUCAAAACCAUGUGAUUGAAGAUAUAAAUGCAAAAAUUAAAACGGAUGUAUUUGAGAAUGGCAAUAUAUCCUGCAUGAUCUGCAGUGAAAAUAUUUGUCUGCGUGUCAAACAAAGUAAUACAAUUCAAAACUAUACUGAUUUUAAAGGACAAAAAUAUAUUGAAAUCAAAUUAAAGUUAUCUGGCGGAAAAGGUUCUGUGUCUUGGCAACAUGCUCAGGUGUUUCGACAAAAAAUGUCUUCCAUAGCAUUACCGAUGCAAAUUAAUAUAACUAUAAAAAAUAUGAGCCAUCAUCAGGAACAAUGA